UACUUCGAGAAUGAAUAAGUGGUACAUCAUCGCCGGGCUCGUGAGCUUCGUGGUGGUUGCAAUCGGUGUCGCUGCGUCUGCCAUCGCAUACUUUGUCUUCUUGCCGAGCUACAACUGGCCCACGGAGUCGUUCGAGUACAGUGGCUGGGUCAUUAACACGAACGCUCCAUACUGCGCUGACGUUGGCAAGGAAAUCUACCUCAAAGGAGGCUCAAUUGCUGACGUCGCUGUGGCCACGAUGCUGUGCAUGGGUGUUGCCUCUCCGCACCGGUCAGGACUCGGUGGAUCGUUCAUGGCCCUCAUCUAUAAUGGGUAUGCCGCAGGGAGAGCAGAGUGCGUACACGGCAAGAUGGAAGGAAGCAGCGUCUUUCAAGAUAGGCGAUAACAUCUUCCACACUACUCCCUAUCCAGGCAGUGGCGUCAUCUUGGCAGCGGUCUUGAGGAGAAACCUUAAGAUCAAGUUCGUAGAAAGGCUGAAGUUCGCCUUUGCCCAGAGAUCAGAGGUCAGACAAGAAAAUUUUGGCGAUGAAGAGCAGCAAAAUCUCGUUAAGAAAAUACAGGAGAACUUCUACAAGUAUUUCAAGCGGGAUUCUGUCCUUCCUACAUACGCUAAUUAUGGGGGAAAAUACCCAAUCCUCGAGGACUUUGUUGGAGCCCACCUGCUGAUUCGAGACCCCCAUGACAACGCGAUAUCAAUCACGGCAAGCCUCAACAAUGAAUUUGGCUGCAUGACGAUGCUUAGAGAUCCAGGCUACUAUUUGAACAACUACGGUGCUGCGGCCUGGCGGUGGGAUAUCGGCACAGAUGUUCUGUCUUUGCUGCCACCUAACCAUGUGCUCAAGGGUAACAGGUCGGUAUUCACAUCCAUGGUGCCUACCAUCAUCGCCAGAAAGGAGGGCAGUGUGAACAAGCUGAUCGCUGUGCUGGGCUCCACAGGCGGCACUGACAGCAUCUCGGCAUUGGCUCAGCUUAUAGAAUGCAUUACGAAGUUUCCAAUCUUCAGCUGCGUGGUGCACAAUGUUCGAGUUCACCCGUACUUCGAUAAGACGUUCAAGGUCAAAGUAGGACCACCGCAGGCCUACUUCGCACCGGGUGAUAUGCUGGGCCAGUUUGGUGACUAUGUGGAGGUUUACGCCACCGUAUUGUCCAGUGCGGCCGGUAUCUUGAGAACCAACCGCGGCUCAUGGAUGUCGCCCGUCGAUACUGUCUUGACAGGUGGCAGCGUCAGCGGUGACCCUUUCGUGCAUCCGCUAUACAAUGCCGAUCGGGAUUAGGUCACCGCGACAGCGGGAAGGAAGCCGCAACACCCCCGCUUAAUUUGAGCAAAUUAUAACUCAAUUUUUACUUUACGCAAAGCGUCUAUCAUGCGGGGCUUUUGAGUCCGCUCGAUCACACAGUUUUCUUUCAGUAGGAACUUCUGGUGCAAUGACGUCUAGUGUACCUGGUUUUCUGUGCUGCUCAAUACGCGUACUGUGAGCCUAUUUCGUUUUCAUUUUUUUUCUCUUGCUCUUUUGAAGCUGUUUUCAAGUAUACUAAUAAAAUA